UCGGCGUCUGGAGCUGCCUGCCUUGGCUGCCUUUGCUCUCACCUUUUUUUUCUGCGUGCGUGGGUCCCCGGCGGUGCAACCUAAACAUAAGAAAGAGGAACUACACAGCACGCACAUGGAACAACGCAAGGUUUUUUCCUUCCACACGCGUCGCACGAUGGCUUAUAUAUGAAGAAGACGCACUGGGAUGCGGACAGAAACAAGCAUCUCAACGGAGAGAAGCGCAUGAGAAAACACAACCCUGUCCGUCCUCUCUCCAACACCGAGAAGGACUCCUCCCCACCUCGGCCGUGACACCUCCAAUAAAUUGCUCAGCAGGGAUAACAGUCUAUUUCUCCUCUAUUUUUUUUUUUUUUUUUUUUUUUUUUUUUGUGUGUGUGUGUGUAUACAUUGGAAGCGAACCGGAGCCUGAUCGUGUUCUGUGACUGUAUGGCUUUAAAAAGUUGCCUGGAGAACAUGGACAUCUGACGUGCGCCACUCGGCGUCAUUGGACACAUUUGAGACUCUGUCAUUUCUCUAUCACAUUUGGACUGACUAUUCCCCCUGCGCCCUGGGUUUGGAGUAAGAAGAAGUGUUGAGCAGUUGUCAUUUGCUCUAACACAAGGCUACGUGCAGUGGCUCCGCGCAAAGGUGGGGGGGGAGACACUCAGCGUCCACGGCACAGAAGACCCUGCCUGUUGUGUGUCCUCCGCAUUCAUAUGUGCUGAUCCUACUGCUGGGGAGACAUAGCCUUGUUUUGUUUUGUUUUGUUUUUUUUAAAUCAGCCCACCUCGGAUGUGUCAGAGCUGACACUGCAUGCACCCAAACCUGUGAUUCAUCCGGAUCCACGUACGACCCGCAGCGUGGACAAAACACAGUGACGCGUUGGGUUUUAUAACUUCAAUCCGAACAAGUGUCAUCCCAAGUGUCCCUUGUAUUGUCACACACACUCGUCUCCCGUGUUGGUUCGUAUGCAUCGGGUGUUGGUGCUUCUUGGACAUUCAUAAAGUGCGUCCACAUGUGAAUGCGCCUCCUCACCUGUCCCCCCUCAGCAGAACCAACUCCUACCGACUGACCCCCACUCCAGAGGAAUACGUGCCGAAGUUUUACUGUAGUGAUGCUGCAAGUGGAAAUGGUCCUGUUCGUUUGCCUGGUGCUGUGGAUGUGUGUAUUUAGCCAGGAGCCCAGCUCCAAAGUGGUGGCCGACCGCUACGCCGUCUUCUGGAACCGAACCAACGCCAAGUUCCAUCGUGGAGACUACCAUAUCGACGUGUGCAUAAACGACUACCUGGAUGUCUACUGUCCUCACUAUGAAGACACAGUGCCUGAGGAGCGGACGGAGCGUUACGUUCUCUACAUGGUCAACUACGACGGCUACAGCACAUGCGACCACACGGCAAAGGGCUUCAAACGCUGGGAAUGCAACAGACCGCACUCCCCGAAUGGGCCGCUCAAGUUUUCAGAGAAGUUCCAGCUCUUCACUCCCUUUUCCCUGGGCUUUGAGUUCAGACCAGGCAGAGAAUACUACUACAUCUCCUCCACCAUUGCUGAGAACGGGAGGAAAACAUGCCUGAAGCUCAAAGUUUUCGUCCGACCAUCAAACGACACCAGCCAUGAAUCUGCUGAGCCAUCUCGAAGCGAUGAAACAAAUGCUGCAUCACACCUGCAGAAAACAAGUCCACUCCUGGCUGUAUUGCUGGCCUGCCUAGCAGCACUCUUCACUUUAUAGCGCCUCCCUCUUUCCUGGAGGGAUAUUACACCUAGCGUGGCCUGAAUCUGCCCAAGGCUGCAGGGAAGGGGCGGGAUUUGGGUGGAGCGUGUUUGCUUGAUUGGGUGUCAGAGCAGGCUUCUCAAGGAACCCUCUAUUUUUUUCAAAAAAUAUUUAAGUGGUCUUUCUCCGUUUGUGAGUGAAAAAAGUUGAUGUUGGAAGUGGGAGAGACAGUUCCCCCUCUUAAACCUUCAACUAAGAUGCCAAAUCCCGUUUUUUGACACUUAGUGAUUCUUAUUUUCCCGUGACUUUUGACAUCCCUUUACAUCAUGUUUAUGUCAUUUCAGCACUGAUGUUCACCCAUACACACAUGUAAUGCAUAAUCACAUACACAGAGACCCAAGCUUAGACUCAAAUACAAAAAAAAAAAAAAUGCCUCUACACUAACAGUUGAUAGCAGUAGGAUUGUUGCAAACUUGUAUUCAGUAGCAGUGUUACUCAGUAGGAAAGUUAAGAUUCUAGGUCUUAGAAAUGACUGUACAUACACAUAAAUAGUUGUCCCGAGACCUCUCAAGAAGCCUUUCAUAAACAUUUGAUCAAGUUUGGCUGGGUCAUACAGCAAGAGGCUAUUUUUGCACCUCCAUUUUGCAAGGCAAGUGCAGCACAAAGCAAGUGGAUCACGAAGACGUAGGAAAAGAAUAAUGGCUUUGAGCCGAGGUCAAGAACUAGACCACAGCACUGAAAGAUGGCAUAGCAUGCACCUUAGAUAUUCAUAAAUUGUGCCCAAUUGUCUCUUGAAUAUAAAGUGUGUGUAUAGGAUGAUAAGCUUCUUAGACUUUCAGAGAUUUAGUGUAAAACCUAUCGAACCACAUGGCAAGGUCUGUCGUCUUUUACAUAGAGCAUGCCAUUCUGCUCGGUAAAAAAAAAAAAAAAAAAAAAAAAAACUCUCAAGGCAAUUGACUAACAAAAACAGCUAAAAUUGAAACUUUCUCACCAGACUGCUAUCAACAUGGAGGAUCAAUAUCGUUUGAAAGUUGAUCACGCAAUUUCGCAGUAGCCGUCAUUGUCAUUUUAUACAGUGUUUACCGAGCUGGGCAGCAAUUGUUCUCUCUGUUCCAUUUUAAUGUAAGUCAAUAUUACCACUCCGCUGUUUUCUGUUCCUUCCGUUGAUUGUUAAAACGAUGGCUUAAAAAUGAUAAACAGCUAAAUUAAACGAUUUAUAUUUUUCUAAGACGUUAAUUUAUAUUACAUUGCAUACACUGUAAACUUUGCAUUUUUUGUACAACUACAGAGGUCAUAGACGAGACAUCUGCAAUUUUCAAUAGAUUAUUUCUCCUCACUUCUUUGUCACUUUAACCCAACUACAUGAAAAUAUUAAUUCGGUCUCUCAUAUUGAUGUAGACAGUGUAAGCACAGUGUUUACUGGACUGAUGCGUAGGUCCAAUUAGUUAAAAACAUAUUAUAUAAGCAGAUGAGCAACCAAUUUAAUUCAAGCCAGUGCUCAGCUCUAUUUAGUCUAGCCAGGUUUAUGUUAGCACUUGCACUCAAAGGAAAUCACUGUGCUAUAAUGAUAUUCAGCUUCCUUCAGCUCUCUCUGAUGCACACGGUGAGUUAGCAUAAUAAAAACUAUUAUGCCUUUUUUUUUUUUUUUUUUUUCCAAAUGAAGGGAGUUGUCUUUACUUUCAUAGAAGGACGGACAGACAGUUAAAUUAACUCCAAAACCGGCUUCCUUUCAGAUUCAGGAUUUGUAUGAGAACUUUAGGGUUUCAAUCGCUUUGGAACCAGAGACAGAAACAGAGAAAUUGAGCAAGAAAAGAAGAGCAGAAGCAAUUGCAUGUCCACCUCCAGCUCCUAGUGUUACUGGUUUAAGUGACUUUUUAAUGAGGUUCAAAAUGACAGGCAUGCGGACCCCAUGUUGUGGCAAGGGGAGUUAUUUCUGGUAUUAAAAAUAGAUGGUGGAAGGCCUGGGGGGUCUCGGGAGGGGGGGGUGUAGAUUUCCACCGUGGGGGGUUUUAAAGCACCAAUGACCUUGCAGUUUGAGAGAAUUGGUGAGUGAAGGAGACAGAAAGAAUUAAAAGGGGAGAUGCACACACAGAAAGACACACCAAGUAAGCGAGGGUAGUGUGACUCGAGUGCCUAUCUUAAACAAAACAACACAAAAACACCAGAAAUCCUUGGAACACUACUGUAAGAAAUAGCCAGUUCAGUGGCAAACAUUGUUCAGUAUCAUUCAGUCUCAGAAGGCAAGCACUGUUUUGGUUUUGCUUUGUUUUCAUUUUUCUGGCUGCCUUUUUAAAAAUUUUUAUCUUUUUUUUUUUUAAUUUUCCCUAGAAAGACUGCCUUUGCCUUUUUGUCAUUUGUUUCUUGCUCUAUGGUAACAAUGCUAUUAUAGCGGAAUAGCAGCUCAGCUAUGGGGGGUAAUAAGAGAUGAGGCCAUUUAAUGAGGUACUAAUUUUCAGGAGAACACCACAGGGAAUGAGCACCGCAUAAAAAUCAAAAUGGACGCUUGUCAGCAGAUUAACACUAAACUUCUAUCAAAAACCAGCUUCAAUUGUACUCUCUUAUAAUUACCAAUACUACUAUUUGUCAUUAUUGCUAUUAUUACCAUGGUUUAUUCUGUACACACCUUAACCUGGGAAAUGAGGAUCAACUUAUAAACUGGAUACUGUGUAUCCUGAGGUAGUCAACCAUAAAACAUGUAGUGUUAGGUUAGUAUCUGUUUUGUACCUUUCUGGAGGACAAAAGAAAAAAAAAAAAAAAACGAGAGACAUCAUUGUUAAAACUGUAUAAUUAUUAUUAUUGUUAUGAUGAUGAUGAUGAUUAUGACUAUUAUUAUUAGGAAAACUUCUUGAUGUAAAUAGUGUUUGAUAUUAAAGUAUUAAUUUGGUUCUUAUGUCUUUUCUAAAAAAUGAAUACGGUAUUAUCUCUGGGUUUUGCGGAGUGUGUACUGUCCUAAAACAAUGCAUUGUGUGCUUUGAUCCUCAAUGCCUAAUAAACUUUGAGCUAUUAUGAAGGGGAAACCUGUGGGAGCUGUACACGUAACACUGUACAGAAGGUUGGACAUUAGCCUACGAGUGGCUCACCUGUUACAUGUCUCAAACCAGUCACCAACCUUCACCAUCUCUUCACAUAAGGAUCCUGCCUCGGAAAGAAACACUUGGGACUUAUCGAAACGGCUAAUUUCUACUUUUUUUUGCCUUCAGUGUUUUGAAAGCAUGUUGGUCGGCUCAAAGCUUCGCCAUGAGUGGACUGUUGGCUUUUUAAUGGAAGGAUCUUGCCAGUUUCAUUAUGUGGCAUGCGCAUGAACUUGAUGACAUGUUAAAAGACAACAAGUUAAAAAAAAAAAAAAAAAAAAAAAAAAAA